CCUCCUCCCCUCUGGGAUAACAGGGCUGGCAUUUGAACAUGCUUAGCUACGACAAGCCUUUUGGGAGACGCUUCUAGCAACUCUCGGUACUCCUUGCCAGAGGAGCAAAAGCAGCACCUAGACCCUCUUUCUACCCUACAUUUUCCAGUCAUGACCGAAGGCAAGGCUCUCAAAGUCCAGGUGACCUUCGCUAUUAUUCUGAUAGGGGUUGCCUUGAUGUUCACAGCAGUGGUGACCGAUCAUUGGGCUGUGCUGAAUCCUAAGGUGGAGGAAUACAACACUACCUGUGAGACAGCUCACUUUGGGCUAUGGAGGCUUUGCAUCAAACGGAUCUACAUUGAAGAAAACAACAUGGAGAAGGAACAAGGUUGCGGGCCCAUAAGCCUGCCAGGAGAGUACAACUGUUCCUAUUUCACACACUUUGUCUCAGGAGAAAGCACUGAGAUCUUUGAAGUAUCAACACAACGAGAAUACAGCAUUUCUGCAGCUGCCAUUGCCAUCUUCAGUGUGGGCUUUUCCAUCAUCGGAACCAUUUGUGUCCUCUUAUCCUUUCGGAAGAAGAUGGAUUACCUCUUGAGGCCAGCUGCCAUGUUCUAUAUGUUUGCAGGCCUGUGCAUCAUCAUAUCAGUGGAAGUGAUGAGGCAAUCGGUCAAAAAGAUGAUCGCGAGCGAUGACACAGAAUGGAUAGAGUACUACUACUCCUGGUCCUUCGCCUGUGCCUGCGCCUCUUUUGUCUUGCUGUUCCUCUGUGGAGUGGCGCUUCUGCUCAUCUCCUUGCCUCGCAUGCCACAGAACCCAUGGGAGACUUGCAUGGACGCCGAGCCAGAGCAUUAAGUGUUACCAGCUCAUGUUGCCACUCCAGCCAUAUCAUAUGCCUCCUGUUCCUCAAUGGCCAGCUAUAUAUAUAUAUAUAUAGAGAGAGAGAGAGAGAGAGAGAGUCCAGGAGUCGGUGUGGGAAUAUCUUUGGAUCAUGCCUACUGAGAGAAUCAGAUAGGAGCUGAAUGCAAAAUCCCGAGAUAAAAAGAAAUGAUGAAGAUGACCUCUUUUGACAAGAUGUGCAAAGACUUGGCUUGAUCACUUGGCUGCUUGAUUGCUAAUACAGCCUGGAAAAGUUGGUAUAAAUGUCACUGAAUAGAAAUACAGACUUAAGAAAGAGAUAAAUUUUUGUCUAAAUAGGAGUUGUGGUCACUUUUUUAGGGACAAACAACCAGAUGCCCACCUGAUGUUUUGGGUUAUAGCUCCAUUAAUCCUUCAUAAUUGGCCAUAUUAACAUAGGUCCAUAGGAUAUGUAAUCCAAAACAUCUGAUGGACUCCUGCCCCAUUUGAUUAACCCUAGGAAUGAUAAAGGGGGGGGGGGAGAACCCAAAAUCAUAUUUUGUCAGUGUAGAAUUUUUUCUCCAUCUGUAAAUAAUCUUACCAUCAAUUUGGAGGCAGUCAUAAUGUUAUUAAGCACAUUACAAAAAUAGAUUCUAAAAAAAGAUGUUGGAUUACAUGAAGACAGAAGAAUCUCUAAGGCAUAUGCUUAGAGUCAACAGUGAUGAUUUUUAUGAUAUUUCUUAUAUGUCAGCUAGUAAUUUGUUGAGCUGGUAUGAUCGGGGAGUGACAGAGACAAGGAAAUUGAAUAAUAAUAAUGAUUUUGAAAACCAAAUUGAAUUAUGCAGAGGGAAGCGGGCAAGGGAUCUGCUCCAAGCAUCAGCUAAUAUUUUUAACUACCGUCUUCCUGCAUCUGCCACUGUCCAGAUGUUUUUGACCACAAUUCCCAGCUGGUCCCACCAGCUGGCUUUGCUGGUGGUGAAUUACAAACGGUGGCGAAUUGGGGAACGCUAUUUGACAGCUUCAAUGUUUCUAGAACAGCAGCAGUCACAUUCCACAAACAGCCAACAUGUUUUUAGCAGAGGAAAGAAACAAAAGCUUUACAGCCAGAGGAAGACACAAUAUGUAUGUACAUUUGAGUAUUUCAUAGCAUUUGCAGCCUGGUUAGCAUUUGUAAAGGACGAGAAGCUAUUAAACUGGUUGAGUACAGGAGGUAAGAAGCUAUAAAGGUUGACUCAGCCUUCCAUCCUUCUGAGGUGGGUAAAAUGAGGACCCAGAUUGUUGGGGGCAAUAGGCUGAUUCUGCAAACCGCUUAGACAGGGCUGUAAGCACUGUGAAGGUGUAUAUAAGUUUAAGUAUUAUUGCUAUUGCUAAAUGCUUCAGAUCAGGUGACAGAAGAACACCUGCCCAAGUACCUCCCUACUCCAAAAAACAAAAAACAACAACCCUGGAAGUCCACAAUCCCCAAAAAGACAAGGACUAAAUUAUAGACACCUGUCUCAGAAAGCAAGGGCAAGGAAAUAAGCUUUCUAAUCUCAAAGAUAAUAUUGUGGUUGCUUUUGUAACAAGUUAGAACUGAAUAAUUUAACAGCCAGCCUGUGUAAUAUGAAGUCAGUUUGCAAUUUAAAAAUCACUAAACCAAGUAUAAUAAAGCAGAUAGCGUCAUUAUAAUAUUCCAUCGCAUUUUUAAUAUCAGUGUGUAGAGCAGUAUAUAAAAAGUGUCAAUUGGACAUAGCCUCUGAGGCUGGGAUCUGACCAAAAUGAAAUAAAAUGGAGCAAUUAACUUCCUGUGAUUUGGAAACUAUGGUUCAGUUGAUGCAACCUAAAGUUGCAUUUGGCAUUAUUGCAGCUACAUCACACGGCUGGCUCGUAUUCCCUUUGAAAUCAAUUAUUAUUUUGCAGAUCUUUUUCACAGACAUCAUUAACAACACAAAUACCCCCCAUCCAAUAGUUGUGUGUAUAGUUUUUGGUUAUUAAGCUAAGAAUUGUUUUCUUUACAGCAAGCUGCUUCUACUAAUAGUUUAUUCCGUUAGUAGCGCCUUCUUUCUUUGAAUUCAUAAAUCCCCACCUUUUCUUAUCACCUGGCAUGGGGCCAUUCAUCCUGCCUAUCCUUUGACAUUUCUUUGGACUGCUACAAGCUUGCAUCUGUUGCAGAAAAAGAAACCUGCCAGUGUAUUCUGGCAAGGAGCCAUGCCCAUAAGCAUUGCAACUCACAAUUGCAGACUCCCCUUUUUCCCUUUUGCCUCUUAGAGCAUAACCUGUUGAAACGCUUUUAUUUCUUCUUGUUCCCGUCCCAGGAUCUUAGAUUAGCCAAGUAUAAAAUGCCUGAUGCAGAAACAAAAAAAGUUGCUAGCUCACAUGAAAUCAUAAAAGCAAAUUCCUUUCAUUAUUAUUCACUCGUUCAUUGAGGUUCCAGGAACGGAGCUGCUUAUCGUUCUCAUGGUCUUUGCUUAUUCAGCAGAAAGCAGUCCCUCCAUCACCUACAAUGGACAACUGGCAGCUCUUAAAGGAGACGAUCUUUUCAUCACCCCUAACUUCACAUUCAGAACACUCUCUGAUCAUCCUCCUCUCCUCUCUUCCUCUCCUGUGGCAAAUUCCUGCUAACCCUACCUCUACAGGCAGUCCUCGACUUACGAUCACAAUUGAGCCCAAAAUGUAUAUUGCUAAGGGAGACAUUUGUUAAAUGAAUUUUUGCCCCAUUUUAUGCCCUUGCUGGCCACAGUUGUUAAGCGAAUCAUUGAAGUUGUUAAGUGAGUGACAUGUUUGUUAAGUGAAUCCGGCUUCCCCAUUGACUUCGCUUGUCAAACCUUUGCAAAAAGGUGAUUGCAUGCAACCAUCAUAAAAACGUGCCUCUUGCCAAGUAUCUGAAUUUCGAUCACACAAUCGUCAAUGCGUGAUCACAUGCAACCAUCAUAAGUGUGAAAAACAGUCCUAAGUCACUUUGUUCAGUGCCGCUGUAACUUUGAAUGGUCACUAAAUGAACUGUUGUAAAGGGAGGACUGCCUGUAUUUGUACUUUGGGGUAGUCCCACCAUUGUCCAUGGUUUCUCUGGUUGGUUUUGAAAACUUGUAUUUUCCUUUGCUUUUUUUGCUGUUUGUUGGCAUUCUUUGAGACAUCUUUUCUCACCCUUUCUUGCUUCCUUUUUUAAAAAAUUUUUAAAAUUGAGACGGGGUUAAUUUGGCGUGUACCAAGGAACAAAUUGUCCCAGGGGUCAUCUUAGGGACCAGUCACAGUUACAGCUUCCAAACGUUUUGCCAAUAUAACUCAGAAAGAUUGUAUAUUAGCAACCUGUCUUGAUUCAUAUCUCAUAAGGCAGAUAUUUCAAUAUUUACAGUUUUCUGCCUCUUGCAAUUAUAUCAUCAGCUCACACUCCCCCCAAAAUUGCUGAAUGUGCCAAUUACUGCUAAUAGCACAGAAAAUGCUUUUACAGAGAAUUCUCUUGUCAAAACAAUACAGUAGGCAAAAACCAUAUAAAAAGGCAUAUUUGGGGAGAGAGGAAGAAAGUUCAUUAUAUUUCCUUAAAUAUAAGGCCUUUUAAAGAGAAUGUAUAUGGUAAUGUAAACAGGAGACAAAAGGAAA